AAAGGGAGAACAUGAGAGUCGAUCAGCGGCAUUGGGCGGUAGUAAGCAGUAAGCAAGCAGUAAGCGCUUGCAUUUUCGUGUAUGUGCUUUACGCUGUUGUAACGAAUGUUCUAUAAUGGUUAUGCUUUGACACAUUUGUUUCGGUUCUUAUAGUCAUAAGUUUGUGUUAUACCCGUCUUCUUAAACGCACGUGUCUCAACUUGACCGCCAAAUUACACGUGAAAUGAAACUGGUGCACUAAAGUUACUCAGUGAAAGCUGACAAGCAAGAAAUUCGUGUAUCUUUCAUACUCUCAUUCCUUUUUAUGGUGUUUGUUUGCCUAUGUUCAACUAAUCGGCGAGCAAUUAGCUCGCUCAAAAUACUCGACGAUGGAAGUACUGAUGCACGAGAUGAGCAAUGGCCAGGAGACGAAUGCAGUCGACACGAAGGUUUACACUAUACCUAAGCAGACAGAGAAAAAGGUAGAAAAUGUACAAAUUGAGGAUGGAAGAUGUUUCAUGGGAAGCAACACGGUGGAUACCGUUGAUAUUAUGUUCGAGAACAUCAAGUAUGCCGUGUCAAUGGGUUGUAAGAAAGGCCAAAAGGAGAUAUUACACGGAAUCAAUGGAAGACUUCCAGCGAAACAUUUAAUCGCCUUAAUGGGCCCAUCCGGAGCAGGGAAGUCGACCUUGCUAGAUAUCCUGUCGGGAUUCAGGACGACUGGCAUGGAUGGAAACAUCUACAUCAACGGUCAUGUCCGACACUUGAAUUCUUUUCGAAAAUGUAGCACAUACAUCACGCAAGAUGACCGUUUAGAAGCCCUGUUGACAGUCGCUGAGAACAUGACCGUUGCAGCUGACCUCAAGCUGCCCACUAACACCCCUAGAUACGAGAAGGAAACAAUAAUUAAAGACAUCCUGAAUACAUUGGGUCUAUAUGAGCAUAUGAAUACUCUAACGGAAAAAUUAAGUGGAGGGCAAAAAAAGAGGCUAUCCAUCGCUUUGGAGUUGGUUAAUAAUCCGACUGUUAUGUUUCUCGAUGAACCGACUACGGGUCUGGACAGUUCAUCGUGUAUGCAAGUGGUAAAUUUGCUGAAACUGCUCGCACGGCAAGGAAGGACGAUCGUCUGCACGAUACAUCAACCUAGCGCCUCGCUCUUUCAGUUGUUUGAUCUGGUUUAUGUACUGGCGAAUGGAGAAUGUUUAUUUCAUGGUGCAACCACCCAGUUGGUUUCCUAUUUGGAAAACGUUAAACUGCCAUGUCCUGUAUACUACAAUCCAGCUGAUUACGUAAUUGAGUUGGCUUGCGGUGAAUAUGGAGAUGACAAAAUAGCGAUGUUAAUAUCGGGCUCAGAAAACGGCAAGAGUACGCAAUGGUUCCAAAAUGCUGAUACUCUUGUAACUGCAAAUAAUUUGAGAGCGUUGCAUCCGAUUAAGAAGCAUGUGAAUUUAAAUGGAAAAAGUAGUCUUCAUGCGACUUCUUUAAUACAUCAGAUUAAAAUUCUGAUUGAAAGAGGUUUUAUAAAGUCUAAAAGAGAUACUACAUUAACAUAUUUACGAAUCAUAGUCAACAUAGCCGUUGGUUUAAUGCUUGGUAUGGUCUUCAUUGAAUCUGGGUUCGACGGUGCCAGAGUGUUAGAUAAUUAUAAUCUUUUAUUCUCCAUUCUUAUACAUCAUUUGAUGACCACAAUGAUGCUUACCGUAGUUACUUUUCCUAUGCAAAUGAGCAUUCUAUUAAAAGAACAUUUCAACAGAUGGUACAGUUUAAAAGCAUUUUAUACGGCCAUUACUGUCAUCGAAUUACCGAUUUCGAUAAUAUGCUGUCUACUUUUUACGGUGAUAACGUAUUUGUUCACGUCCCAGCCAUUAGAAAUGUCACGAUUUUUCAUGUUUUUCGCGAUUAGCUUGUUAGUGGUUCUAAUAUCACAGGGAGCUGGUCUCAUGAUUGGGGCGGUGUGCAAUGUAAUUAAUGGAACAUUCGUGGGACCAACUGUGACCGUGCCAUUGAUGAUGUUCGCUGGAUUUGGUGUUACAUUACGUGAUAUACCAAAUUACCUUAAAUGGGGUACAUAUAUAAGUUUCUUGCGAUAUGGUUUGGAAGGAUAUAUCGGUGCAAUUUAUGGAUUCGAUAGACCAGUGUUAUUCUGCAAAAGUAACGAAAAUUUGUACUGCCAUUACAGAUAUCCAGCAAAAUUCCUUUCUGAUAUUGCAAUGGAAGGUGAUCAGUUUUGGAAUGACAUUGUGGCGCUUAUCAUGAUACUUAUACUAACGCGAUGUGCCGCGUAUUUUCUUCUUAAGUGGAAGAUCAUGUCUGUACGAUAAACCGAUUAAGUUCAAAAUGAUCUUCGAACCUGUUUUUUCGAUUUUGUUUCGUAUCGUAAGCGAUAAACGAUCGCUAUUUAGCUGUAGUGGACGUUAUAUGAAAGCGGUUUCGAAGAAAGUAUUUAUACUAUUUCUCUAGUUUUGCAAAUACUUUCUGCUCAAUACAGGGUAAUUUUUAUACAUAUAUAUAAUUGGUUCUUAAGUAAUUUUGAUAC